AUGACUGAUUAUGAAGCGUUUUACGACUCAACAGAUUUGACACUGAGAGAAAAUAUAGUAAUUCGAAUGGAGUCAGCCCUUCUUGUUCUUCAACAAGUUAUAACUAUAGCGAUUGAAAGACGACUGGACUGUGCUUCGGUUCUACAAGAAAUUUUCAACAACGUUCGCAUUUUGUUUUUAGAAUUGACAAGGAGAAGGGAAACUCAAACAGGCUCUCCCUGUAGUAACCAGGCAAUUUAUUCGUUAGAAAUGCCAAAAGUUGAGCGAAGUGGCCGGCCGGGUAGGCCACGGUUUGAAAUCAGCGAGGAUGUUCUCUUGGAAUUGCGGUCAUAUGGUUUUACGUGGAAACAAGUUGCAGACAUGCUCCUUGUUUCAAGAUCGACUAUAAGAAGACGUGUUGUUGAGUAUGGUUUACAGGAAACAACAGGUUUUUCUGAUUAUCUGAUGAACAGAUUGACUUUUAUGUCAAACAGUUUAUUGAAGAGCAUGGGAAUCUUGUGGGAUGUGUUAUGGUGCAAGGCUUUCUUAAGUCUCUUGGCUUCAGACUUCAACGCCGCAGGGUAAGGGCAAGUAUUUACCGAGUGGAUCCACAUAAUUCUCGCAUCAGAUGGGCAAUUGUCGUUUCAAGACGGGCUUAUUCAGUACAAGGGCCGAACAGUCUGUGGCAUAUUGAUGGCCACCACAAUCUAGUGAACUGGGGAUUUGUUAUCCACGGAGGAAUAGACGGUUUCUCAAGGCUGAUAGUGUAUCUUCACUCCUCCAACAACAACAGAAUGGAAACUGUAACUCACCUUUUUCGCUCUGCCACUGAACGCUAUGACUGGCCAUCAAGAGUAAGGAGUGAUCAUGGAGGAGAAACUGUAGGUGUCUGGCAGUUAAUGGAAGAGGUGCGUGGUCCAAAUAGAAUAAGUUUCCUGGCUGGAACAUCGGUACACAAUCAACGCAUCGAGCAUCUCUGGCGGGAUGUAUUUUGUUCUGUCUGCCAUAUUUUUUAUUACACAUUUCAGGCCAUGGAGGAGUCAGGACUACUCCAGCGAAACAACAGUUUGCACAAGUUUGUACUACACUACAUUUUUACCCCCAGAAUAAAUAAGGCCCUUCAGUCAUUUGCUGCUUUGUGGAAUCAUCAUCCUAUGAGAACGGAGCGCCAUUGGUCUCCGUUCCAGAUGUGA